AUGAAACGAGUCAUCGAGUUUGUGGAGGCAUUUCCACCUGAAGCAGAUGCUAUCGAGCUAAAGCACCAGUUAAGCGCCUUCACACGUGACGAUUUACGUGCUGCUUGCAGUCGCCUCAAGCUCUCCGUACGUGACGGACAGAAGAAUAAAAGCGAUUUUAUUUACGUCCUGAUUUCGUACUGGGACACCUCGAACAAAAAUCUUGUGCCAAAAUGCGCUACAACACCUUUGGAAGCUUCCGAGCCUCCGGUAGAAGCUGGAAUUGAACAGCCUUUUGAUGUAGCACGUGAAGAAAAGGUGGGGACUUUCGAUGCGUUGGUGGAGAAGGCGAGAGCUGUGAAGGAAUGGGCAUCCACUAUUGAGAUGUCGUCUCGUGUGGAAGGAGGUGAAAAGAGCAUCGAGCGUAUCAGGAAAAUCAUUGACGGAGUGCUGGACAGCGCCAUGAGUGAGUUGUGA